AUGUUUCAACGAUAUUUACUUAAUGCUGUAUUGGUAUUCAUCAUUCUAUUAGAAAUAUCGGUUGAAUCAUCGGCAUCAGGAGUAGAGGACACCGAUCACCGAACCAUCGACUGGAGCACCGACGAUUUCGAAACAAAUCUGAAGGAGAAGAAUGUCAUAGUCGAGUUCUAUGCAACGCUCUGCGAGAGCUGCAAUAGUUUAUAUAGCAUAUUGUGGAAGCUGAUGGGGAUCCAGAAUACGGCCAGCACGAGCCUGGCCAUUGGCGCCAUAAACUGCUCCAAAUAUGAGUCAUUUUGCAUCAGUAACAAUGUCACAAUGUAUCCGACUCUCCUGUACUUUGAAAAGGACGACGGAGUCGCAAAGAAAUCAUACAAUCUGAGUAGCUUUAUGUCCGAAAAAACCACCGAAAAAGCAGUCGUGAUAAAGGAAGAUGCCCCCCAGAAUUGUGCUCCUGGGCAAGUCUUUACAUUGACCGACAAAAGUUUCGAUUCAAGCAUCAAAAGUAUGAAAUCCUUUGUGAAGUUCUUUCAACCCAGCUGCCCAUUCUGUACCGCCAUUAAACAGGUGUGGAUUGAUCUGGCCAGCGAGCUGAGAAAUGUGACGGCUGUCUGCAUUGCGGAGCUCGAUUGUACGGAUUUCAAAGCCAUAUGCAAGAGGUAUCACAUUACCGCCGUACCAAAGUUGGUAUGGAUUGACAGUAACGCCUUUCGUGUCUAUAACGGCGGUGGAAAGGUGGAGUUAUUGAAGCGUUUUGUUAUAGAUAUGAUUGAUAAUAACGGCACGACGCCAAUUAUGGUUAUUUCAAGGGCGACCAGUAAUCCAUCCAGCUAUCCAUUCAUGACUGUAGUUUAUCUCGGCAUUUUGGGAUUGAUCAAAAAUUAUUUGUUUAAAUAAAGAGUGUACCCCAU